UACGUCUUUUCUUCUUUCUUUUUUUUUUUUUUUUGAAGGAGACACUUUGGUGAUAACAGCAGCGGCGAACCAUAAAGGGGAAAAAGGCGUUAUUGUUGAUGCUAUUGACGACCACCUUCGACCACUGUUGAGAAGACUGACAGUUGGUUACAUCCAGUACAAGGCUCAGCUGCGGAUGCAUGACACAGACUAACCGGAGAAGGUCUCUGUGAACAGCAUGGGCCAGCAUCUAGGAAAGAGGGAGUACCCCACAGACAGCAAGGCUUCGUCACCUGAACCCAAAGCAGCGCAAACAGCAGCAGAAGCAGCAGCAGAAGCAGCAGCAGAACCUGAAUCACAGGAUGAAGUCUUUGGCCUGGGUGAGGCAGAUGCGAACCAGAACAAUGGCUGCGUCUCGGAGAAGCCGGCGGUGACUGACUCCACAGGCGCUGAGGGCCCCCGCCAGCCCUGGACCCCCGCCAGCACAGCUGACCCUGACGCCGCCACACCACGCCCCCACCUGGCCCGCCUCUUCUCCCGAGAUGCCCCGGGCCGAGAGGACAACACCUUCAAAGAGCGACCCUCCGAAUCGGACGAGCUGCAGACCAUCCAGGAGCACAGCGGAACGGCUUCAGAGUGUGGGUCGGAUUGCCCCGAACAGGACCUAGAGUAGGCUAGCUUUUUUUCCCUCCCUCUCCUCUCUUUUCUCUUUUCCCUCCUCUGUCCUUCAAUCUCUCAUUUAAGAGAGAGACAAGAACCCCACAUUUGACAAAUACAACUGUACUACCAACUACUGCUACCACCAUGGCAUCUGCAAGCUCCGCACAGACCGCCUUCGGGUUGGGCCGCAGGAAGAAGAACCCCGGCCUCCUGGAUCAGAUCGGAAAGUUCUUUGGAGGGGACAAGAAGAGGAAGAGCAAGG